GGUCCGAGGAGACGGCUGUGUGAGGGGAAGCGGGUGGUUGGUGUGGUUUAACGUUUAUCUAGCUUUUUGUCUUUUUUGUCUUUUUUUGGAGCUAAUAGUGAAUCCUGGAUGCUUCAUUUUCUGAAACAACUUGCUAAUUUCUUGCUGGUAUCUUUUGCAUCAACGGCUAAUCACAACACUUGUUGCUAUGUGAUAAUGAGCUCCUGGAUGCUGAUGAGGCGUUCAAUGUUAACGCUGUUUCUUUCAAAGAGUGCAUUUAUGUGCAAGACUAACAUCAGUAUUUCAGGGCAGGACACAGAGUUUUUUGUUCUGUAGCUUCUCUCUCUCUCUCUUUCUUUUCUAUUCAUUUUUUUUACAUUGUAACUGUGGAACAAAAUGUUGGACAAGGGAGUUUUAAUCUGUCUACGCUUCGAAUGCAGAGACCACAGGUUCAGGACAAAGCCAGGAGGGAGACACACACAUCAUGUCCUCUGUCUAUUUCAGUCCAGGGUCGGAUUCAGGUGUAAAUGGAAACGUUGCAAAGAUGGAAGAUGCUAAAGUGGAGAUUGAUGAUGGAAAGGAUGAGAGUGUGGUACCAGACACAAUGUAUCACAAUAUCCGGAAGAAGAUAGCACCUUUUGUUAUGUCCUUUGGAUUUCGUAUAUUCGGAGUGAUACUGAUCCUAGUGGACUUUGUGCUGGUUAUUGUGGACAUCUCCCUGCCAGCCAAGAGCCGAGAUCUUGGAAAUACCUUAGAGGCCAUUUCCCUCGUCAUCUCCUUCUUCUUUCUCCUUGAUGUACUAUCGCGGGUCUAUGUGGACGGGGUCAGAGUUUACUACAGCUCCAAGCUGAACAUCAUAGACUCCUGUGUUGUGGUAAUCACUCUGGUGGUCACCAUGAUCUACACCUUCACUGAUCUGUCAGGAACCAGUCUCAUUCCCAGGGUGGUGACGUUUCUUCGUGUCCUGAGAAUAUUAAUCCUGGUGAGGGUUUUCAGACUGGCAGCUCAGAAGAAGGAGCUGGAGAAGGUCACCAGGAGGAUGGUUUCUGAGAACAAGCGGCGGUAUCAGAAGGAUGGAUUUGACCUCGACCUUACCUAUGUCACAGACCGUGUCAUCGCAAUGUCUUUCCCCUCCUCUGGGAAGCAGUCAUUCUACAGGAAUCCAAUCAGAGAAGUGGCGAGGUUCCUAGACACUAAACAUGAUGGCCAAUAUAAAGUUUACAACCUGUGCAGUGAGAAAGGCUAUGACCCGCAGUUCUUCCACUACAGGGUUGAACGAGUGUUCAUUGAUGACCACAACGUCCCCUCGUUGGAGGACAUGCUGAAAUACACAGCAAGCGUGAGGGAGUGGAUGUCUGCCGAUCCCAAAAACAUCAUCGCUAUUCACUGCAAAGGAGGCAAAGGACGCACAGGCACUAUGGUGUGCACCUGGCUUAUUGACAGUGACCAGUUUGAGAGCGCACAGGACAGUCUGGAGUAUUUUGGUGAGAGGAGGACAGACAAGAGUCGGAGCUCCAAGUUUCAGGGAGUGGAGACUCCUUCUCAGAGCCGCUACGUGGGGUAUUACGAGAUAAUGAAGAACAAGUUCAACAGACAGCUGCCUCCACCUAAAAGCCUCAGGGUCAAGAGCAUCCGCAUCCACUCCAUAGCAGGUGUGGGUAAAGGUGAUGGCAGCGAUCUCAAGAUGAAGAUAAUUGUGAAGAAUCAGCUGGUUUUUCAAUGUGUGUGCGCCAAACAGCAGAACUGCACAGUGUUUCCGGAUGUGGGAAGCAACGCAGCAGUCAUCAGCCUUCAGGAAGGGCCUGUGGUUGAGGGGGACGUGAAGGUCAUGUUUGAAUCAAGUGCUGGCCUGCCAAAAGGAUAUGAAGAUGUUCCCUUCUACUUCUGGUUCAAUACUUCCUUCAUAGUGGAUAACAAGCUGUUUCUACCCAGGGAAGAGCUGGACAACCCACACAAACCGAAGACCUGGGACCUGUACAAGGAGGACUUUGGUGUUACUAUGUUCUUCUCUGAGCCAUAAUAAAAGCCAUUUAGAAAGAUUAUUGGGAUAGUUUGGUUUUUUGAGGUGAAUUACCUACAGUAGAUGGUGGUUAGCACACCCCCACUGUGUAGAAGCAGCAGGAAUACUGGUUUAGAAAGCUAAGCAGUGUACUGCUAUGGACACAUUUUAGUCACCUAAAAACAGGCCCACCUAAAAUAGACAGUACCAGUUCAAGUGUACGUUAUAUUGAAAAUAUUUUACUGCUUUACCUUGCCUUCAGACAGCCCUUUCCCAUGGAAAACUGAAGCUGUUGUGUCCCUCUCUACAAAGCCACCAGACUCCUUUGACAAAAACAGUAAUUACUGCAUAAGUGGCUUCAGUUUCCCAAGGUAAAGCAGGAAAAAUAUUUUAAAUAUAGCAUACACUUAAAUGUGAUAUAGAUUUUUAGGUGGGCCUUUUAUAUGACUAAAAUGUGUUUUGUUGCUGCCCCCCAUUUACUGCAGUACAUUGCAUAGCCUCCUACACAGGUACUCCUGUUGCUUCUCCAAACUGGGGGCGUGCCAGCUGCCAUCUACAGUAUAAGGUUGUGUAAGUACCUUAUACAACCUGACUUAAAAAGAAUACUCUAUCCCUUUAAGAAGAUAAAAUGGCUUGUUACAGUUGUAUUUUUUAACAAUGGAUGGUGAGCAGAAAUUGGUAGAUCGAACACUAAUUCAAGAAAUGCAUGAGUGGCAUAAAAUUAUGUUCAAAUGUUGUAUGCAGUGAGCUCCUCCACUCAGUCAAACCAUGCAGUGUUGCUCUAAUGAGUUGUGGCACUUAAACUGAAAUUUAUAAUGAGUGAUAUGUAAAGAAGUACCAUGAAAUAACUAGUCAUGUAUUCCAGUGAAUCAGUUAAAAUCUGUAUGUGUGGUGACUCUUUUGAAUGUCUGAAAAUAAAAUGUAAAA